UUCUUAGUACCUUGAUGGUAACUUGCUCGUCUUUGUCCUGCUUACAAUUGGUUAAGGUGUAAAAUUUUCAGUAUGGAGGAAUAUAGUCUUCAAGUGCACAACUUCGCAAAGACAUCACAACGUGGAUUUAUGGUAUUUGGGCACCAGCGUUCCCCAUCAAUGGAGUUCAAGGAGUUAACCAAGAAAGAUGCACAAAUCCAAUUAGCACAGGAGCUGCAGAAGCUACUUGUCACCUGCCCAAAUUCUUAUAAGGAUGUCAUACAGAAGGAUUUUGAAGGAUAUGAGAAGCUUUUUGGGCGCUUCAUCAAUGAAACAGGGCCAUCAGUGGAAUGGGAGAAAAUUCAAAAACUUCCCGAAGGAGCUGUGUGGAACUUUUCUGAACUACGUGCUCCGGAUACUGAACUUGUGAAAAAUAUGCUUAACAAAUUAGUUGUUGUGAAACUUAAUGGUGGUCUUGGUACAUCCAUGGGUUGCCAAGGUCCCAAGUCAAUCAUCCCAGUGCGCUCUGAGCUCACCUUCCUUGAUCUUACUGUUCAGCAGAUAGAGCACCUCAACAAGACGUACAGCACAAAUGUCCCUCUGGUGUUAAUGAAUUCUUUCAAUACUGAUGAUGACACACAGAAGGUUAUACGCAAGUACCAUGGAUUCCAGGUUAAGACGUACACGUUUAAUCAGUCAAGGUAUCCACGCAUCAACAAGGAAUCUUUAAUGCCGAUUGCAAAGACUACUGGUUCAGAUGCUGAUCUUGAAGCGUAAGUACAGUAUGUACAUUUUACC